CGCGGAAAAGUGCUCAGCAGCUGCCAGCCUGCUAAGGACUCACUGUCUCUUCCUAAGCUCGACGCGAGGAAGUGGUUGCAUCGGCCUACCUCGCCGUCUUCUAUCUUCUCUUUCUUCUUUGUAUCUAUUGCUUGAUCUAAUGGUUUCUCCACGUCCUCGGGACUCAAUUUCACUCCUUUAAUUAACCCUUUCCCCGAGUCGGAUCUCCUGUAUCGGAAAUCAUGGCGCGUCUCGGCCGUGUAGGGUUUCUCACCCUCGCGGUGGUGUUUCACUUAAUUUACGCCUAUUCGAUCUUCGAUAUCUACUUUGUCAGCCCAAUUGUUAGUGGUAUGAAAUCGUUUCGUGUGGAACGAGAACCCGAUGCCGCUGCUCCCGCCAAACGUCUCGUUCUGUUCGUUGCCGAUGGCCUGCGUGCCGAUAAAGCCUUCCAGGCAUUGCCUGACCCCGACGACACCACUGGAGAGGAUACGGAGCCCAUCUACCUAGCACCAUACAUUCGAUCGAGGGUACUGUCCCACGGCACCUUUGGAAUUUCCCAUACUCGAGUCCCUACCGAGUCGCGGCCUGGCCACGUUGCGCUUAUCGCGGGGUUGUACGAGGAUGUUUCAGCGGUAACAACAGGAUGGAAGCUAAACCCGGUGAACUUCGACAGCGUCUUCAAUCGCAGCCGGCAUACAUGGAGCUGGGGGAGUCCGGAUAUUCUUCUAAUGUUCCAGGAAGGCGCAGUUCCCGGAAGGGUUGACGCGGACACGUACGGAGAAGAGGCAGAAGACUUCUCAUCUGACGCAACACUGCUGGACACCUGGGUCUUUGAUAAAGUGAAGGAAUUGUUUACUUCCGCCAAAACGGAUCCUGAGUUGAAUGCGAAAUUGCGCGAAGACAAGUUGGUUUUCUUCCUGCACCUCCUCGGGCUCGAUACGACGGGCCAUGGAUUCCGUCCAUAUUCGAAGGAAUAUCUGCGCAAUAUCAAACUAGUGGACAAGGGGGUGCAAGAAAUCACGCAGCUGGUGGAGGAGUUCUAUGGAGAUGAUGAAACCGCCUUCGUUUUUACGGCGGACCACGGAAUGAGCGAUUGGGGCAGUCAUGGGGAUGGCCAUCCGGACAAUACGCGGACACCACUCGUGGUCUGGGGCUCUGGGGUGUCCGGUCCUAGAUACACUCAGGAAGGCACGCUAACGGGUCAUGAGGAUGGUGUCUCGUCCGACUGGGGCUUUGACAACAUUCAGCGGAAUGAUGUUGCGCAGGCUGAUGUUGCAGCCCUGAUGGCAUACCUUGUUGGACUUGACUUUCCUACAAAUUCGGUGGGUGAGCUACCUCUGGAGUUCUUGGAUGCCAGUCCAAAGGAUAAGGCCCUUGCCGCGCUAGCCAAUACUCAGACGGUCUUGGAGAUGUACCGUGUCAAGGAGGAGCAGAAAAAGGCCGCCCUGCUUCGGUAUAAACCCUUUGCGCCUCUGGCCGAUCAUGGCCAGACCUCGGUCGAUGAACAUCUUCAGGAGAUAAAGGCUAAGAUUGCAGACGGCUUGUACGAUGAAUCUAUCGAAAUGUCCUCUGCUCUCCUGGCCACUGCUUUGGAAGGUCUGCGCUAUCUACAGACAUAUGACUGGCUCUUUCUGAGAACUAUUGUCACAUUGGGUUACCUAGGUUGGAUCGCAUAUGCUCUAACCACGGUUAUCGACUUGCAUGUCCUUCAUGGCACUGCUGACUCGAACCGGACAGUAUUCAGCACUUCAUUCUUCUCCUCUAUCCUUGUUGCGCUUUUCUCUGUCUUUUUCUUUCAACGCUCCUCCGGGCGGUACUAUUUCUAUGGGUUCUUCCCGGUCUUUUUCUGGGAAGAGGUGUUUGUCCGACGAAAGGCUUUACUUGCUGGCCGGGAGAUACUCAUGAGUCAUGUCCACUCAGCGAGUGGCUAUGUCGCGUUUGGAUUCCAGUCAUUGAUUUUUGUAGGCGUAUUGGAGGCCCUGGUGCAAUCUUACUUUCACCGCGAGAUCUUUACCGUGUGCUUUAUCUUGGGCGCUUCUUGGCCCUUGUUCUAUGGGGUAGGAUUUGUUAAGAAGCAUGCUCUACUUUCUCUUUCAUGGGCCGUCGGCUGCCUUCUCAUGAGUGGCUUCACUUUGCUCCCGGCAAAUAAAGUCGAAGACAUAGGCAUGAUAACCUGGAGCGGCCUGUUGAUGUUCUUCACGGGCCUGUUGUACUUGCUCUUUGAAGAUUACGUCUUGGGACAGAAGUCCUCAACUCAGUCAUCCUUUGCCAUUUCUAGCCGCGGCUCACGCACAAUCAUGGGCGCGCAGCUGGGUAUGGUCUUACUUGCCUUGAUAGUCACGAGGUCUAGUGCAACUUCUAUCCAAGCCAAACAAGGACUGCCGUUCGGCAAUCAAGUGGUUGGUUGGUUCGUUCUAGUUGCAUCACUCCUACUCCCGUUUCUCUACCGACUUUACUCGAAUAGCCACUACCUGCAUCGUCUGAUGGUCCUCUUCCUCACUUUCUCCCCGACAUUCAUCAUCCUCACCAUUUCUUACGAGGGCCUAUUUUAUUUCGUCUUCUGCAUGACCCUGGCCACUUGGGUUCGGCUAGAGCAUGCCAUUUAUGUGUAUACGGCAGCCACGAGAAAUGGGUCCGCACCUUCCAAGAAGCCUGGCACGGAAGCCACGGCAGUUGUUGAAGGCCAAGCUUACCGCUACCGGACACUCGGCGUUUCAGAUGCGCGUGUGGCUUUGUUUUUCUUCUUCCUCCUGCAAUCCGCCUUUUUCAGCACCGGGAACAUCGCAUCAGUCUCCUCGUUCUCACUGGAGAGUGUGUGCCGGCUCAUUCCGAUCUUCAGCCCGUUCAGUCAGGGCGCCCUACUUAUCCUGAAGCUUCUCAUUCCCUUCGCAAUCAUCAGUGCUAACCUGGGCAUCCUUAACCGCCGAUUGGAGGUCGCCCCCAGUGCGUUGUUCAUGGUUGUGAUGUCGAUUUCGGAUAUCAUGACGUUGAACUUCUUCUACAUGGUCCGGGACGAGGGCUCCUGGUUGGACAUUGGCACGACGAUCAGUCACUUCUGCAUUGCCAGCUUCCUGUGCACGUUUGUGGCGGGACUGGAGUUCCUCAGCGAGGUGAUGAUCGGUGGAGUCGACUUUGGGCCCCGGGCGACGGCAUUUGGAGCCGCUGUCGUCGAAGCUGUCAAUGGAUCGGCGGAGACCGACACCAGUGAAAAGCCAGGCGAAACGGACAGUCGCACCACCUAAUAGAUCUCAGGUCUGCGCGACUUUUGCAACGACGCGCCAGCAAGCUCCACCAGGAGAUGUAAUGAAUCUUGUACAUGUGUGAUAUAGUUAGAUACGUGCAUUGGACUAAUAUACACUACUCCGGAUGAGGCGAAAGCCCCGGAUCGUCCGAAUUUCUAUUGUUGCAGCCCGGGGUCGCAAGUC